AUGAAUUAUGGAGAAAAAUGGCAAAAAAAUUACCUGGGACUCGAACCUGGCAUCUCCCCGCUAGACCUACAGCGAGGAGAUGACGAUGCUGGCGGCGGGUUUAGCGUGCUGAAGGAGCCUUUCGAGACUCGCCAGAUCCGCCACUUCGCUCCAGGAAUUCCGCGACCUGGUUAUAACUGCUUUUCGGUAUAUCUCUGGUCUCAUACUGUCAACAGUGACCAUAGCAACACAGUGUCAAAUCCAAGCUUCUUAACGCCGACGAUCGAUAAUGCGGCUCCUGGACAUAGAACUGCUCGGCCCGCUGCUUGGCGCUCGAAGUGGGUCUGUGGGGUCCCGCCAGCAGCCCAGGACUCUCGGCACCAGAUGGCAGGUACGCUACACUAUUCCACCGGUAUUAUUGAGCCAUACUCACUACUAAGAGCUCCUAGCAACUCGCCGUGCCUAGCAUGCCUAGCAUCCCAAGAGGAAUAA